AUGGCCGCCUUCAAAUUCCCCAGCUUCUUCGCCAGGACCCCGGCAGCCGACCGUCGCUUCCCUUCCAUCUACCGCCCCCUCAACCAGACCGACAUCGACCACGACCACGACGAUGACGAUGCUACCCGCCACCAUGGCGCCGCCCCAGGGGAGCCUCUCGACACUGCUGCCGGCAGAGGAGCAGCGAGUACUACCGCUCCCCGCGAUGCCGCAGCCAUGAUGCUCAUCAAGCUCGGCCACGAUCCCUCCCACCGCAUCCCCAUCUCCUCCUCCACCAACGACCGAAUCCUGCGCCGAAUCGACCUCGCCCUCCUCCCCCUCAUGCUCACUGUAUACUUUCUCCACGCCCUCGACAAAGCUACACUCUCCUAUGCCUCCAUCUUCGGCCUCAUCGAGGACACCAAGCUCGAAGGCGACCAGUUCUCCUGGCUGGGCAGCAUUGUCUACGUCGCGCAGCUCAUCUUCCAGCUGCCUGUCGCCUGGGCCCUCGUCAAGCUGCCGGUGGGCAAGUUUACAAGUCUCAUGGCGCUGGGCUGGGGAAUAACGCUGACGGGGAUGGCCGGUGCGAAGCGAUUUCCCCAUCUCUUGGGAGCCAGGUUCUUGCUGGGGUCGUUUGAGACCAGUAUCGGGCCUAGCUUUGUUGCGAUUACACAGAUGUGGUGGAGGAGGAGAGAGCAGACGCUGCGGAUAGGGUCCUGGUACUGCAUGAACGGGCUCUCCUGGGUGCUAGGAAGUCUAAUUACAUACGCCCUCGCCAGUAUCCAUUCGGGUUUGAAGUCAUAUCAGAUCAUCUUUCUCUUCUUCGGCCUCGUGACGGUUGCAUUUGCCUUCAUCAUGUUCUUUCACAUGCCCGACUCGCCCACGGAGGCCAAGUUCCUCUCGGAUGAGGAUAAAGUCAUUGCCAUUGAGCGCCUACGAGAUAACCAGAUGGGAGUCAUGUCGAGGGAAUGGCGAUAUAGCCAAUUCUACGAAACCCUGCGUGACCCCAAGACCUGGCUGUGGACCGCAAUGAUCUUUUGCGCCUCUGUCCCAUCCAAUGGCAUUGGGAUCUUUGGCCCUCUCAUUAUCAAGUCAUUCGUAUCUGACCCUUUUCAGACGACCUUGUUCAACAUUCCUGUGGGGUUCGCACACAUGAUAGCCGUCACCGGCAGCGCGUACCUGUCCAUGAAGUGGAAACUGAAGGGUCCGGUCCUCGUCCUUCUAUGCAUUCCUCCCAUUAUCGGCCUUUCGAUUCUUCUGAGCUUCGGGCACACCAGCGAGAACAAGGGCGUGCUCCUGUCUGGGUUCUUUUGCGUGUGCACGUUCACAGGUAUUACGCCGUUGAUUUAUUCAUGGUCGUCGCAAAACACGGCGGGAGACACCAAGAAGAAGUCCACGUCAGCCCUCAUCUUCAUCGGUUCCUCGGCCGGUAACAUCAUCGGCCCUCUAUUAUUCACGCCCGGGGAGCAUCCUGCCUACACCCGUGGCUUGCGUGCGAACAUUGCCUUCUUCAGCAUGGUUAUCCUCCUCGUUAUCGUAACGUCAGUCUACAUCAAAGCGUUGAACAAGUCACAUAGUCGGAGGCGGGUAGCGCUUGGGAAGAACGCGGUGGUGAGAGACUUGAGCCUGGAGACAUCCGAGUCAGUUGAUGUGUUUGACCACUUGCACACUGGGGACGAAGGUGGAGGUGAUGACGAGUCGGGGUCCAAGGCGUUCAGCGAUGCUACUGAUUUGGAGAAUGAAGACUUUGUCUUCAUCGUUGGCAUCGCAGUCCUCGUUGCGGCGCUCCUGUACACCGCAUUCGCCUCAAGAGACUGGACUCCAGAUAUCAAAAUGGGUGGAGGUCCUAUUCCAGGCUACCGCACUGUAGCCUACUACGUCAAUUGGGCUCCCUAUGGCCGUAAGCACAAACCGCAGGACUUGCCCGUUGAGAACCUCACCCACGUUCUUUACUCGUUUGCCAACGUCCGUGCUGAAAAUGGCGAGGUAUUCAUGACAGACGAUUGGGCCGACACUGGCAUUCACUUCGACGGAGAUUCCUGGAAUGACACAGGAAACAACAUGUACGGCUGCCUCAAGCAGCUCAACCUGCUCAAGCGCCGGAACCGCAACCUCAAGGUCCUCAUCUCCAUCGGUGGAUGGACCUACAGCUCCAACUUUGCAGCCCCCAUGAGCACCCCCCAGGGCCGCAGCGCUUUCGCCAAGACUAGCGUCGACUUGGUCCGGAAGUUUGGCUUUGAUGGUAUUGAUAUUGACUGGGAAUACCCCAAGAACGCCGACGAAGCUCGCAAUUUCGUCGAGCUCCUGGCCGAGUGCCGUAGAGAACUCGACGCCUACUCCCAGGCCGUCGCGGGCGGCUACCACUUCGAGAUCACCGUGGCCUGCCCCGCGGGCGCCACCAACUUCGAGAAGCUCGACAUCCCCAACAUGGACCGCUUCCUCGACUUCUGGAACCUCAUGGCCUACGACUACGCCGGAUCGUGGGACUCGACCAGCGGCCACCAGGCCAACCUGUACCCCAGCCGCGAGAACCCCACCGCGACGCCCUUCUCCUCCAUCGCGGCCCUCGAGCACUACGUCCGCAGCGGCGUCCGCCCCGACAAGCUCGUGCUGGGCAUGCCCCUCUACGGCCGCGCCUUCGACAACACGGACGGCAUCGGACGGCCGUACAGCGGAGUCGGCGAGGGUACGUGGGAGCAAGGGGUCCACGACUACAAGAAGCUGCCCAUCCCCGGCUCGCAGGAGGUCUUUGACCGCGAGGCCCAGGCGUCUUACUGCUACAGCCCGGACCAGCGCAAGCUCGUCAGCUACGACACGCCGGGCAUGGCGGGCCUCAAGGCCGACUUCAUCAAGGGCAAGGGUCUCGGCGGCGCCAUGUGGUGGGAGAGCAGCGCGGACAAGGCUGGUCCCGAGAGCCUGAUCAGCGUCGUCGUCAAUGGCCUCGGCGGCCCGCAGGCGCUCCAGAGGGUGGACAACUGCAUCUCGUACCCGCAGACCCCGUACGAUAACCUGCGCGAGGGCUUCCCUAACAACUGA